UUCCGGGGGGCGGGGCCAGCGGCGGCCAAGAUGGCGACCCCCAUGCAUCGCCUCAUCGCUCGGCGGCAAGCGGAGGCAAACAAGCAACAUGUGAGAUGCCAGAAGUGUUUAGAAUUUGGACAUUGGACUUAUGAAUGUACAGGAAAAAGGAAAUAUCUGCACAGACCAUCAAGAACAACAGAAUUUAAAAAAGCACUAAAAGAGAAAGAGAACCAACUAUUACAGCAAAGCUCUGGAGAAUCUACUACAGAGAGGAAGACCAAGAAAAAAAGGUCUAAAAGUGUGACGAGUUCUAGCAGUAGCAGCAGCGCCACUUCAGCCAGCGAGUCUUCGUCCGAGAGUGAAGAUUCCUCAUCUUCUUCCUCUGAAGACAGUGACAGUGAUGAAAGCACUUCCAGUUCCUCCUCCUCCCCAUCUUCAAGUAGUUCUUCCAGUUCUUCUGACUUUGACUCAGAUUCUAGUUCCUCCAGUAGCAGUAGCAGCAGCAGCACAGACAGCAGCACGGAUGACGAGCCACCAAAGAAAAAGAAGAAGAAAAACAACCUGGUGCGAUGUUAGGACUGUGGGGUUGAUGAAUGAUCAAAUAGCACCUACAAUGUAUAAUGGCCAAACAAAAUCUAACUGGUCAGUUUUUACAGGUAAAAAACUGUCUGUGUUUUACAUGGUAGUUCAUAGGACAUAAGCUGUUAAAUGGCAAGUAACACUUAUUGAAAGAGUAUUUUUGUGGAUUAUUGUUCAAUAGGAAGCACUCCUUUUUCCCUUUUGUUUUUUUUUAAAUCUAUGAAAUGUUUAUAUGAUCUAAUGUCCAGUCACCCUGAUGUUUACAUGCCAUAAAACUAAACAGAUUUCUUUGACCCACCCUGUGAUAUGUCAUUUAGCAACCUUCUGUUUAUUCCACUAUCAUGUUAUAAGAAAAAUGGACAGAGAAGAGCAUGAAGUUUCAUUUCACUUGGCUAGUGUGUCCAAAGCCAUAUUUAAUCUUCAGUAACAGAUAAAGGUGGAAUGAUAUUGCCUGAAGUAGAAAACAAAUUUGGUUUUCUCGUGUAUCCCUUUCCGGUUAAAUAUUAGUGGCAAUAUCAAUUUUCUGUUACUGUUGAUUUAUUGGAAAUCACUAUCCUAUUUGUGGGCAAUACAUUCACUCCGACCCAGCAGAAUGGUUCAGCAUGUGGAAACAGGUUUCUCUGAAUACAUUGCCCUUGCGGAUUUGGGCUAGAUUAUGCAAAAAGAAGCUGUGCAGAGAUCCUAACAGUACUGUGGCAGUUACUCCACUUAUGGGUCUCUCCAAAGAGGAUGGUCUGUUGUCUUGGGUCUGCAAGCUGCAGUCACUGUUUGGGCUCAAAAGGAGCUGAUUCAAGGAGUUUCUCUAGUCUCUGCCAUCUCUUUAGCCCUGGAAAUCCUUGCACACAACUACGUCAGUGGCUUCCCCACUAUGUACCAGAAUACCUAGAGCAGGGCCAGGAGCUUUAAUCCUUGCACCAAGGCACCUUGGGAGAUUAAAGACCACACCUUAAGCUGCACUUGCACAGUGCAAGGAGAGAGUCAUGUUAACUGUUGCAACCGAAGAGUUUCAUCUUUGUGCCUUUUCAUAAAUUUAAAUGUGCCCUAAAUCGUGUUAUGAAAUGAAGGAGUUUGAAGUCUUCAUUUUACCUUCCACAUAUAAAUUUUGGAGUUUAAAAAAUUAGUAAUAAUAUAUAAAUGUCCUAUUUUCAAUGAGAAAAACAUUUAUUUUCAUUGGAGGUGGAUAAAAAAAGAAAAUAUCUUUGAAUAUUUCCCCUUGUGCUAUUUUUACAUAAUUGUUAACUAUAUGAUGCAUUUGAUUACUCUGUUCACAUAGUAACUUCCAUUUUAUUCUAAUUUAAAAUCACUUAUAUAGUCCAACUAUUCUUUUUUGCAUAGCACAAGUUAUAUAUAAUAGAAUGAACUCUGGAAUGGAGGAUACAUAUUAGCAAAAAUCAUAUUGCAGUACAUUUCUUGCUAGUUAACAAAAGUGAACUAACUUGCUAUUGUGAUGAAUUUUAGCAGUUGGCAGUAGUCACUAAAUUUGUGAUACGGUCUCCUUUUAGUUUCUAAUUGAUGGGAGUCUUUUUAAAAGGGGACCUGUUGGGGAGGGGGACUUAAAUAUCUAGUCUAGUUAAAGUAUUAAUUAACUAUUUUUUAUAUUUUUAUGAGAAUGUAGUGUGUAGAAUGACUUUUAAAUACAAAUGUUCUAUUUAAAUGUUUAUGUAAGGUGUGCAUUUUAGUCUGUAACCAUUUCUAUGUUUUGCAGAAUUCAGAUACUGUAAGUCUAAAACUACCAGAAAAUUAUUUGCAUCACGCUAAAGAAUGUAUCAUUUAAGAAGAAAGAUUAAUAAAUUAUUAAAUGCAAA